AUGCUUCGACGAUACUCUCGCGAGGAGAAGGGCAAGGACAUCGCCUCGUCGCACCGCUGGAUUCGCGAUCCCCCGAUCCGCCUCCUGGAUGAAGCCAACCCGGAUUUGAUCGAAAAAAACCGACUCACGCUGAUCGGAAGAGUCCUUAACCCAAGUGUUCAAAAGCCAAAAGCUCUGAUCGGUUUCAUGCCUCAGGUAUGGCGUAUGGAAGAGAAGCUUGUGGGACGGGAUCUCGGUCCAGAAAAAUUUCAGUUCAAGUUCAGAUCAGAGGAAUAUCUUCAAGCCGUUCUCAACGAAGCGCAUUUCCACUUCAAACGGUGGAUAGUACACAGCAUCCCUGCUCACUGCUGUACUGAGAACAACCUCAAGGCAAUAGGUAAUGUAUUGGGGAUUUAUGUGUCUCAUGAUAUAGAAGAGGCGAUGGUUAGAGUCCAAAUUGACGCUUUGAAACCCCUAAUCAAGAAGAAAGCCAUUCAAUUCCCAUCAAGGGUGGAGGUAUCGGUUGUGUUUGAAUGCAUUAGGCUGGAGAAACAUUGUUUUCUCUGUAUGUUGCUAGGACAUGAGAAAGAACACUGCCCGCAGCUCGCCAAAUCUCGAGACUUUGACCCUACUAUCUCCCAUAUCAACAACCUACAAACGCUACAGCACCUGGAAGAUGAUAGCCAUAAGAAGGAGGAGAGAAGGAACAAGCCUUUCUCAACUCGUUUGGAGCUUCCUAAACAGGCUCCACCGCGUCAGAAUAUCUCUCCCUCUCUCCCUCCUCGUGCUGAAUUGAAUAUCUCUGCUAAUUGGAAUGUUAAUUACCGUGCUCAGGGUCACUGUGCCCAAGGUCAUCACCAAAGUCUCUCUCGCUCUCCUCCCCGUAGGCUCUCCGGAUCACCUCCGCGACUAUCCUCUCGCUCACUACAGCGACGAUCACCACCUCGAUGA